AUGAGAGUAUCAAACCUACCAAGCUUACCACCACCACCACCUCCAACACAAGACCCAAAAAACCUCAAAAAGUCAUUGAAAAGAGCACAUACCCCCAAGGAACUCAGAAGUGAUGAUGAUGGGAAGAAGAAAGUAAGGACCGAAGUUGUGGUUACAGAAACAGUUAUUGCUGAAGCUGCUACUCCACUGAACACUAUUAGUUAG